AUGUCGUUUAUGGGUGGCGCAGAGUGCUCGACCGCGGGAAACCCGCUCAGCCAGUUCCAGAAGCAUGUUCAAGAUGAUAAGACACUACAGCGCGAUCGCCUCGUCGGUCGCGGCCCCGGCGGUCAACUAAAUGGUUUUCGCAGCCAGAGCGCCAACGCUCCCCAAGAUGAGAUGAUGAACGGCUUUCUCAAUGCCGGGCCGAAUAUGCAGCAAGAGUUCCCCAUGCAGGGCCCUUCCAUGACCCCCGUCCAACACGCUCCCAUGCGCGCCAGCUCGACGUCACCGACGUGGGCGCACGAUUUCAACAGCCAGCCUGGCAUGGAGUCAGCUUUCAAGCCGCCCAGCAACGCCCAUUUCAGUGCCGAAGAGUUUGCCCGCUUCAACAUGAACGGCCAGGCCUCCUCGGCGCGGUCCAGCCCCAUGCAGGCCAACAUGUCGGGCAGCCAGAUGCAGCGGCCGAUGAUGAGCGGCGGCAUGGGUAUGGGUAUGGGCAUGGGCAUGGGAUACGGCAUGGGCGGGUCCAUGAUGCCCAUGUAUCAGCAGCAGCAGAUGCGCAACCAGCAACAGCAGCAACCGCAGGACGUCAAGGGUAAGGGCAAGCUCGUGGAGCUCGAUGAGAGCAAGUGGGAGGAGCAAUUUGCCCAGCUCGAGCUGGAGGACGCCGAAAAGGCCAAGGAGAAUGAGGAGGCGGGCGCCGCCGAGCGCGAGCUGGAUGAAAUGGACCGGGCGAUGCAGUCCGAAACUAAUGAGUUCGGUGACUUUGAAUCCCUUUGGCGAGGAAUACAAGCUGAGACGGCUGCUGCUAGGUCCUUGGUUCAAGACGAAUCACUAUUCGAUCAAUUCGACAACGACUGGACGAACGAUAUGAUGCCCGACCUGCAAGGCCUCGGAGACUGGGGCCGCUUCGGCGACCCCGUCGUCGAGAACUACAUGUUUGAGCAGGAAAACUUUUUCAGCAACGAGAAGAAUGCUUUCGAGGAGGGCGUCCGCGUCAUGAAGGAAGGCGGCAACCUGUCGCUGGCCGCGCUGGCCUUUGAGGCAGCCGUCCAGCAGAACCCCGAGCACGUCGAGGCCUGGGUGUACCUGGGCUCGGCGCAGGCGCAAAACGAAAAAGAGACGGCGGCGAUCCGCGCGCUGGAGCAGGCGCUGAAGCACGACCCCAACAACCUCGACGCACUCAUGGGCCUCGCCGUGUCCUACACCAACGAGGGCUACGACAGCACAGCGUACCGCACGCUCGAGCGCUGGCUGUCGGUCAAGUACCCGACGGUGCUCGACCCCAAGGACAUUCACCCGCCGGCGGACAUGGGCUUCACGGACCGGCAGAUUCUGCACGAAAAGGUGACGGACCUCUUUAUAAAAGCGGCGCAACUGAGCCCCGAUGGCGAGCACAUGGACCCGGACGUGCAGGUCGGCCUGGGCGUGCUAUUUUACGGCGCCGAGGAGUAUGACAAGGCUGUCGACUGCUUCCAGUCGGCGCUGCACUCAUCGGAGCUCGGCACCACCAACCAGCAGGAGCAGCUGCACCUGCUGUGGAACCGCCUCGGCGCGACGAGAGCCAACAGCGGCCGCUCCGAGGAGGCCAUUGCCGCGUAUGAGCAGGCGCUGUCGCUGUCGCCGAAUUUCGUGCGCGCGCGCUACAACCUGGGCGUGAGCUGCAUCAACAUUAGCUGCCACCAAGAGGCGGCGUGCCACUUUUUAGCGGCGCUCGAGAUGCACAAGUCGAUUGAAAAGUCGGGCCGCAGCAAGGCGUACGAGAUUCUGGGCGAGGGCAGCGCGGCGCAGGUCGAAGAGACGCUGGACCGCAUGUCGGCGCAGAAUAGGAGCAGCACGCUGUACGACACGCUGCGGCGCGUGUUUACGCAGAUGGGGCGGAGGGACCUGGCGGAGAAGACGGUGCCGGGCGUGGACCCGGACGUGUUUCGGGAUGAGUUUGACUUUUGA